CAGCUCCUGCCAUGCACAUUCAAACAGGAACCGGAAGUACGGAGCUUAUUGUACGUCUCUUCCGCCCCGGUGCUGAGUGCCUAGAGCGGCCACAAACAUUGCAAAACCCACGGAGGACCAUCUGCUGCGGCGGGAGACAAUCAAGCUACGGUAUCUGGAGACGUCAGGGUCAAGGGAGGUGCGGGGCCUGUCGGACUGGAGCCCGGAGGCUUUUGCUUCUCCACCACGACCACGCUGUUGAAGAAUGUUUGUUCCAAGGUCUAUUAAAGUCAAGAGGAAUGCUGGUGAUGAGGGGACCUGUGUAACUAAGAAAAAUAAGCUAUCUCCAAGUGAAUCCUCACUUGAAAAUGCCACAGACCUCCGAGAUGCUAAGUCAGAUACAAAAGACAUGCCAAGCUCAGAGAGUGACUUGUUUGGACCAAUGGAAAGAGACACUAAGCUGCACAUCUCUCUGGAUUCAGCUGUAGCUCUUACUGAAGCAACAGUGGAAAAUGCAAACAAUGAGGACUCUUCUCUUGCUGAGGAUCCCAUAAAAUCUUUCAGCAAAAUGCAACGUUGGCCACAGCCUGGGGAACCUGUCUGUGUGGUUUGUGGUCGUUAUGGGGAAUACAUCUGUGACAAGACUGACGAAGAUGUUUGUAGCUUGGAGUGCAAAGCCAAACACCUUUUACAUAUCAAAGAGGAAAAGGAAAACUCAAAAUCUGCUAGCAGUUGUGAAAAAGCAGAGACUCAGUCCACGUUACUUGAUGGUACUUACGUCUAUGAAGAGAAUCCAUUUGUGCUAAGCCUUCAAGAGGAGCAGAUUGAAAACUUAAAGCAGCAACUAGGCAUUGCUGUUCAAGGUCAAGAAGUUGCAAGACCUAUUGUAGAAUUUGAACACUGUGGCUUCCCUGAAAUUUUAAACACCAAUUUGAAAAAAUCAGGCUAUGAAGUCCCAACUCCUGUCCAAAUGCAGAUGAUCCCAGUUGGAUUACUGGGCAGGGAUAUCAUGGCCACGGCUGACACUGGCUCAGGAAAAACUGCUGCUUUCCUGCUUCCUGUUGUAAUUAAAGCCUUGGGAGAGGCAGAAACCCCAUCUGCUCUUAUUCUGACGCCAACGAGGGAGUUAGCUAUACAGAUAGAGAAACAAGCUAAAGAGCUCAUGAUUGGACUGCCCAACAUGAGAACUGUUCUUCUGGUUGGAGGAUUGCCAUUACCACCUCAACUUCAUCGCCUGAAACAAAAUGUUAAGGUUAUCAUAGCUACACCAGGAAGGUUGCUAGAAAUUCUAAAGCAAAGCUCCGUUCAAGUCCAUAAUAUUAAAAUUGUCGUAGUGGAUGAAGCUGAUACCAUGUUAAAGAUGGGUUUCCAGCAGCAGGUUUUAGACAUUUUGGAAAACAUCCCCACAGACCGUCAGACUAUUCUGGUGUCUGCCACAAUGCCUUUCGGCACUGAACAGCUGGCCAAUCGACUUCUGCAAAAUCCAGUGAAAAUAACCAUCGGAGAAAAGAACCAGCCAUGUUCCAACGUUCGCCAGAUUAUCUUGUGGGUAGAAGAACCGUCCAAAAAGAAAAAGCUUUUUGAAAUAUUAAAUGAUAAGAAACUGUUCAAACCUCCUGUGCUGGUAUUUGUAGAAUGCAAACUGGGUGCAGAUCUCCUGAGCGAUGCUGUACAUAAAAUUACAGGCUUGCAAACAAUUUCUAUGCAUGCUGAUAAAUCACAGAUAGAAAGAACUGCCAUAUUACAGGGAUUAUUUCAAGGCAAGUAUGAAGUUGUAGUAAGCACUGGAGUCCUGGGACGUGGACUUGACCUUGUCAACGUUAAGCUGGUCGUGAAUUUUGACAUGCCAUCUAGUAUGGAUGAAUACGUACACCAGGUUGGAAGAGCAGGCCGGCUGGGUCACAGUGGAACUGCAAUCACCUUUGUGAAUAACAGCAGCAAGAAACUUUUCUGGGAUGUUGUGAAGCGUGUUAAACCAACUGGCACUAUUCUCCCACCCCAGUUAUUAAAUUCUCCAUAUCUACAUGACCAGAAGAGGAAAGAACAGCAGCGAAGUAAACAAUCUCAGAAUGGCCUUGUAACGAGUGACAAUCUUAUGGACGUUAUUAGAAAACACAGCAAAAGCUCUUUUCAGAAGUAACAAGUGAUACUGUCCUUCUAAAUACAACUGUUUUGUACAACU